GGCCGACUCCGUAAACCGAUUAGAGGGGGCUGGGAAGCCCUGCGAAGGCUAAGUGCCUAAGUCGAAGCGCUAGGGCUAUUCCAGGAAGAGGAGCCGUCCCACCUGUUGGCCCCGAAACGGAGGAGAGGAGAGGAGAAGGGCUCGGGCGGGUUCUCCUGGCUGAUACUGGGGGGCUGCGGAGACGCCGUGUUGGACGCUGCCCGAGCCGCGCGGAGGUCGGUGCGGGGGAGUCGUCCUCCCGCGGCUGCGACUCGCUUUGCGCCCGCCGCCUGUCCUGCCUGCGUGUGCGUGCGCGCCUGUCCUUCCCGACGGCCAGCCGAGCCCCCGCGCUCUCUCCGCCAAGUGGAAGAGGAGCUGCAAGCAGGUGGAGAGACUCGCCAGCGGAGCCCCCCGGCCAGCCCCACGCCAGAGCCGGCCGGCUCACCUGUUGCCUCCGCCAGCUGCUUUCAGGAGAACCGGCAGGGACGGCCGUGUUCCCGGCGGGCAGCCGUCCCGGGACCCCCGAUCGGCCCCUCCGGCCAGAGGAGAGACACGGAGUCCUGGGUCCUUUUCUGCUCUGAUCCUAAGACGGCCGCCAGGAUGCCGGGCUUGGUCAACUGGACGACCAGCACCGUCCUCCCUCUGGCUGCCUCGGAGGUCACCUCGUGUGUCAGUGGCUACGCCUUUGGAAUGACCGCCUGUCUGUCCUACCGCAACUCUGAGAACCAUCCUUUCGAAGGCUUGUUUGUCUACCCCCUGGACGAAUACACAACCGUGGUGGGUUUCGAAGCGGUGAUCUCUGAGCGGGUGGUAACGGUGCAGAUCAAAGACAAGGCGAGAAUCGAGGAGAGCUGCUUCAGCAACGGAAGACCCCCAGAUGAGGAGGGCCAUGUAGUUCUGGAUGAAGACCUGGAGAGGAUCGUCUUUGUGGCCAGCGUGGGCAUCGUUCCCCCUCAAGUGGAUGUGUCCAUCUGCAUCAGCACUUCCUCUGAGCUCCAGACUCUCCCAACCGGGGCCGUCAGGGUCCUCCUUCCGGACGUCUGUGCCCCCAGAGUGCCCCAGAAAGCCUCCGAUCUGACCAGCAGCCUCUCUGGACACCACCUCCCCUUCAGGGACAGGCACUGCAGUGGGACGCUCUCUCCAGAACAAGCAGGGAAAUUUUGCCUGGCGCAUCUCCUGGAAGCCGAGACCACCAACCCUGCGGAGUACGAGUUCAGCUUCUCCCUGGAGAUCCGAGGACCGUGUUUAUUGGCAGGAGUGGAAAGCCCCACGCACGAGAUCCGAGCGGACGCCGACCCUUCGGCCAGAUCAGCCAGGAGCAUCACCAUCACCCUGGCCAACAAGCACACCUUCGACCGUCCAGUGGAGGUCCUGAUCCACCCGAGCGAGCCUCACAUGCCCCACGUCCUGAUGGAGGAGGGGGACAUGGCCCCUGCCCAGUACGAGCAGCACCUGAGGGGGCGGAGCGAUUUCAUCAAAGGCACGAAGAAGGACCCCAGCCCUGAGAAAAAGACCGAAAUUAUCCGCAAGAGGCUUCACAAGGACAUCCCUCACCACCCGGUGAUCAUGUUGAACUUCUGCCCGGAUCUGAAAACGGUGCAGCCAAACCUCCGGAUGACCCAUGGAGAAUUCAUCUUCCUGGUGGACCGCAGCCGAAGUAUGGCUGGCACAAACAUCGCUCGGGUGAAGGACGCCCUGGUGGUCAUCCUGAAGAGCCUCGUGCCGGGUUGCCUCUUCAACAUCAUUGGCUUCGGAUCCACCUUCAAGGCCGUCUUCCCUGCCAGCCAGGUCUACUCGGAGGAGAACCUGGCGGGGGCCUGCGAGAGCAUCAAGAAGAUCCGGGCGGACAUGGGCAGCACCAACAUCCUGUCGCCUCUGAAGUGGGUCAUCCGGCAGCCGAUCCACCGGGGUCACCCCCGCCUGCUUUUCCUGCUGACGGAGGGGGUGGGGGGGAACACGGGCAAAGUCCUGGAGCUCCUACGAAGCCACGCCUCCUCCACCAGGUGCUACACUUUCGGCAUCGGUAAGAACGCCUGCCGGAGGCUGCUGAAGGGCCUGGCCGCCGUAGCCAAAGGAAGCGCCGAAUUCCUGGCCGAAGGGGAGCGGGUGCAGCCAAAGAUGAUCAGGUCUCUGAAGAAGGCCAUGGCGCCAGUGGUGAGCGAUGUCUCCGUAGACUGGGUGUUUCCUGAGACGACGGAAGCCUUGAUUUCGCCAGUCAAUGCCAGCUGCCUUUUCCCAGGAGACCGUCUGGUGGCCUACAGCAUUGUGUGUGACACGUCCCUGUAUGUCUCUAACCCCCGGCUGGACAAGAGGCGCCGGUACAGGAUGCUGCAUUCGCAAGAAUCGGGAAGUUCUGUUUUCUUCCACUCCCAAGAAGAAGGGGGAGGAGGAGGAGGAGGAGGAGGAGGAGGGCUGGAGAACUGGGAGAUUACCAAGGACCCUGAAAGUGGAUUUCCUUCAGAGAGGAGCAGUGGGGAGAUGGGAAGCGAAUCAGACGUAGAUUCAGGCAUUGACCCCAUAACGACAUCCCAGCGAAGGGCCUACAGCACCAAUCAGAUUGCCGACCAGGAGCCCCCGCAGAAGGUCCCCACGGCCAGCGAUUCCGGCUUCGUCCAGGAGUCAAAUCCUCUCCGGAAAGUCCACCUGCAGGACCUCAGCUGGAUCGCUUCAGACGCUCAGCCCUGGCAGGUGGAGCUUCAGCCUCUCAGAGCCAGCCCCACCCCAACCGCAAAGAAGAUCCGAGGAGCCGGAGCCCGGCGGCCAUCUCUGCUCCAGGACCUGCGACAGAUGCACAGGGGCCCCACGCAGACAGUGGCAGGGACGGGAUCCGGGUCCCAAGACACCAGCUCCCUUUUGGGAUACACCUAUUCGGAUGGUCGAAGCCCUGGAGAACAGGAGUCUGCCCAACAUCCUUCCUUCAACUUUGAAACUGAGUCCACCUCGGACUGGGACCUUCCUGAUCUGGAACCGGGUUCCUCAGCCGGUGGUGGCUGGAGGGGGUCUCGAAGGUCGCUCUGCAAGGCCCUGGUGAAGGGGCUCCAGAAUGGCGAACCGGUCAAGUGGGAGAUAACCUUCGACCUCGGCCCCCUCUUCCAAAGCAGAGAAGACAAGGGCCAGGAGGAGGAGGAGGAGGAAGAAGAAGACAUCUGGAACGAGACUUUCCACCACCUGGCUGCCAAGUCCAUCGUCCAGGACUUUGAGCAGCUGGCCGAGAGGGAGUUUGAGAUCGAGCAUGGGUCCGGGCGGCGGUACCAAGCCAACGCUGUGCACACCAGCAAAUCUUGCAACGUGAUCAGCAAAUUCACAGCGUUUGUGCCAGUCGACCUGAGCAGCAACAACUAUUUGACAACCAUUGUUAAAUAUCCCAACACAGGUGUGCUGAUGAAGCCCUCCAGCCAACGGAGUUCCGGGUUCGAGGGCCGACGGCACCGAGGACUCUCGGCUAGUUGGGGGCGGAUUCACGACAGCGCAGACGGUGGGCUGCCCAACGCAAACGCAGAAGAGAAUAUUUUGUCUCCUUCUGGCUCACUUUCUUCCUCCGGAGGGAAUCGCCAGAGUUUUCCAGACGGGUCGCUACGGAGCCCAUCCGUUUCCUCUCAAAAGUCCAUUGAAAACUUCUUUGGUGCCAGGCUGACGUUUAACAAGACCAGACUCCUGACCAAGGCUGCCCGAGGCUUCAUGGGGAAGUUUCCUGCCAAGAGCAACGAACUCAGUUCGGAAAAUGAAAACGAAAAUGUCGAUUAUCUGCCACUGGUGUCUCUCCAGUUGGCCUGUGGCGCCUUCCUCUUGAACAAGGCCUUCUCUGAGGCCAUCAACAUCCCCCUGGAGAAGCUCAGGUGGACCUCACCUUUUGCUUGCCACCGCAUGGACCUCAGCCCUUCCACCAGCUCCAGGAAAGUGGAAGAUCCAGGACAAGCCAAGAGCGCAAGUGUUGCUGAUGUUCCAGGGAAACUUCUCCACCAAGAGGCUGAGGAGGAGGAGACUGCCCUGCAUGGACAUCCUUCUGGAGGCCCAGCAGAAAGCUCCUCCCGAGUCCCCAAGGCCGAGACCAGCCUGUCCCCUCCCUCGAUCACCAUCCAGAGCUUCUCUACCCCAGAGAACGCCCCAUCACCGCCGGAUAGCGGCCGAGGCUCGGAGACCGAGACCUCCGAACUCCAGGCGUGGCUCUUCGACGUGGAGCUCCAGCAGCGAACCGAGCCAGAGGGGAUGCUCUGGGCCACGGCGGUGGCCUUGGCGUGGCUGGAGCACAGCUCGGCCUCCUACUUCAUCGAGUGGGAGCUGGUGGCCGCCAAGGCCAGCCGGUGGCUUGGAGAGCAGGACAUCCCGGAAGGGCGAAACCUGCCGGCCCUCAAGACGGCUGCUCAACAGCUUUUUGUGCUGCUCCGGCACUGGAACGAAAACCUCCAGUUCAACUUGCUGUGUUACAACCCGAAGGAUGUCUAGGAAGUGGGGGAGGGAAGAGGGCGAGCAGAGGCAGGGAGGCCGCUCAGGGCCCCAGCUCCAUCCAACUUCAGCCAGGCUGGCGGCCAUCUGGUUGAUGCCAGGGGUGCCUCUGGACCCUGGUGGACUGCAGCUCCCGUCUUGGGCUGGGUUGCAUGGAGCUGGCUUCUGACGCAUCCGGAGGGCACCAGUUGGGGAAGGUUGGAGCACGUUGCCUGGGAGGGGUGGGUGAUGGCCCUGCCACCUUCCCAGCCUUGCCCUCCCUCCGAUCUUUCUCAUGCCCUGUGAUUCAGGUAUGGCCAUUGUGCAUCCUUCCCUAUUGUGCUUCUGAGCAGUGGCUGCCUUCCCUCCUGUAGUUGCCCUUCGCUCCACCUGGGAGGGAGAUCACCAGAUAUAUGGACCCCUCCAAGCUGGACCUCAGGGUUCCAGGAAAAUGUUUCCCCAAAGGUUUUUCCUGGAGAUGCUGGCAGGGUGGGAGGUGACCCUUGUGGAGCUGCUCCAUUGGUUGACACAGAUGGAAAGAGGCACCCCAGAUUUCAGAGAGGGCUGUUCCCCGGGGCCCCGAGUGGCAAGGGGGAGGCGUAGGAAAGUUAGGGGGACCGUGCAAAGUUUACCUUGGGAGGUGGGUGCCAGGCCUCUGGGACAGAACACAAAAGGAUUGGCUUGGCUGCAGAUGGUCUCUGGAAACUUGCCCAGACUUCCAACCUCGCCCUCUCAGGCUAUCUCCCCACCCAAUCUGGAUUGCCCCCCCCCCCUCACACACACCCCAGGGAGCCCUUCACCUCAGCCCAGUUGCCCGAAAGGGCCCCGCGUCCCUCAGCUGCUCGUCCACAUGCUUUGCUGCCAGCGGUGUGUUCGAAUCCCCCCACCUUUGCAUUGCAUCGAUCCUGCAAUGAGCCCUGGAUUGCUCCCUGGAGGCCCUCCUUCACCAGGCUCCCUGCUGGGGGUCCAGGCCUAAUUAUUCAGACCCCGAAAGGCUGGGGUGGGGGGGCGAGGGAGAGGAAUCUAGUCCCUCCUCCCCGAGCGGAAAACCUUCUUUGCAGACGCUCUGCAGCCACCACAAGCUUUGCUGGCCCUGCUGUGUGAGAUGCAGUUGUGAUCUUGCGAUUUUGCCUUCGCUCAGAAUCGACCCCCCUCCCCCCCCGCCCUGUCUGACUUUCACCUGGAGCCAAGCUGCUAAUUUCUCCAUCGAGGCUUUCAGAGUUUGUUUGUUUUUUAAAUGGGAUUUUGGCUUUUAGAUAUCCAAGGAUUACCCAACUGGAAUUAGAACAAUUUAUCAAUGGAAGGAUUUUAUCAAUUUUAUCAGUUUUAGGAGAAUUAAACAGUGGUUUAAUUCCAGAAGUUGUGAGUGAUCCAUCCCUGGAGUUUUUAAAGAAGAGACUGGACAGCCGUUUGUCUGAAAAGGUCUAUAUAGGGUCUCCUGCUUGACCAGAGGGUUGGACUAGAAGACCUCCAAGGUCCCUUCCAACCCUGUUAUUCUGGAAUGUUUCCUAAACCUUAAUGACAGCAUCUGCUUGUCAAAUUCAACAUUAUUAUGGCUCUCAAGAACAUUGUUUAUUCUGCAAGAAUGAAAAGGAAAAAGAAAAAAAAGGGACGAAAUUCCUCCGCCGAUGUUUGCAUCUCUAGCUUCAGUCAUGCACCGGGUGGGCAUCGAGGAAAAAGGCAGCCUAUGAUGUGAAGGAAAGACCCUCCCCUGAGUGAAAAAUCUAAGAAAAUUAGCAGUGAGGAUUUUCUUCAGUUUCUUUCUUUCUCUCUCUCUCUCUCUUUGCUGGUUUCUUAAGUUAUUAUUUUUUCAUUUGUGGCUGCUUCAGUGACUUAAUAAACUGAGAACUGUUGGAAAA